UGCACAUGUACAUCGGUGAACGUCAAUACCGAAAGCUGUUAACAAGUCUUCGAUUAUAAAUGUUGCAAAUUAUAAAUCAAGCUCAGUACUUGUCGAUGCCGGACUUGAUAUAGAUCCCGUAUCUCUUCUAUAUAAACAGGAUCUUAUUCCACAAACAAUGUGGCUUUCGUGAUGCUAAGAUGUAGUCCACUAAUUCAUACAAGCACAAUAGCAUAAUUCCUCUCCUCAAACUCAUCCACCCUCUCUUCAACCACAAUCACAGACCAGACCUACAAACAACAAUGCCCUACGACGCAAACACCACAGGAACCGCCCUGGCGGCAGAUUAUGCGUCACAAAUCGCAAACAAGACCAUAUUGACCACGGGCGUGUCCCAAAAGAGCCUGGGCGGCGCCUUCGUGACCACCCUGGCCAGCGCAUCCCCGGCCCUACUGAUCCUCGCGGGCCGCAGCGUCGCCAAGAUCGAGGAGACCGCCGAGGCCAUACGUGCCGUGGUCCCCAACGUUCCCAUUCGCAUCCUGGAGCUUGACCUGGCCGACAAGAAGUCCGUGAGGAAGGCCGCGGCCACGGUGCUGGCGUGGGACGACGUGCCGGGCAUCGACGUCCUGAUGAACAACGCUUCGAUCAUAACGAACGAGUACAAGACCAUCGACGGGGUCGAGCAGCAGUUUGCCGUCAACCACCUGGGCCCGUUCUUGUUCACGAACCUGGUGCUGCCAAAGGUGCUCGCCGUCAAGGGCCGGGUGGUUAAUGUGGCUAGUGAAGGGCAUCGGUUUAGUAAUGUCCGGUUUAUGGAUUUGAACUUUGAGGACGGUAAGAUAUACGAAAAAUGGCGAGCCUACGGCCAAAGCAAAACGGCCACCAUGCUCUUCUCGCUGGCUUUGGCCCGCAGGCUGGGCGGCCGAGGGCUGGUGACCAACAGUCUGCACCCAGGAACCAUAUUGACCCCGAUGGCGAGCGAUAUGGAUCUUGCUGUCGAGACAGAACAGUUGAAGGCGAUCGACCAAUACAUUGGAUACUACCCUAAGAAACCGGUAAUGCUCAAGACCCUCGACCAGGGGGUGGCCACUCACAUGUUUGCCGCGUUUGAACCCGGAUUGAAAGACCACAACGGAGCCUUUCUAAUCGACUGCCACGUCGCCGACCCUUUUGUAGAGUUUGUUACGCCUUGGGCAACCAGUGAGGUUGAGGCGGAAAAGCUUUGGCGGUUGAGCGAGGAGUUGGUCGGGGAGAAGUUCAACUGGUGAAAAUCACCUAUCUGACUAGGUCUUCUUGACUAUGCCGAGAGGAAGGCAUUCAAGUAGUUACAUGCUCCUCACAUCUAAUUCCCAUACUAAGUUACUUGCUAUCUCCGCCCCAGAAAAUACAGUAUCAUAUCCUCUCGCCUAUCAUGCCUCUCGAGAGGUCAACCGCCGUGAGCCAGUCGAAUCCCUGAGCCAGGCGCAUAUAUUUCGAGUCUCGAAACGCCGUCGGUACAUAACAGACCCAGCAUUUCUGGUUGGCUUUGCAGUAACUGGCGUAUGAGAAUGAAGGUGCUACAAGGUUGCGUGUGCACAACGCUUGGAAGGCGAGUCCCGUGGUCCCAGCCUCGAUCUCCUCCUCGCUUGUAAAGAGUUCAAAGCUCUAAAAGUUGUCAGCGUCCCCGUUCGUGUGGUUGAUCUUGUUGCAUCCAAGACACAGGAGGUCUAGGAAACGGUCGAGCCAGCUCCACUUAUUACACGUACCGUUUAUGCCUCUGGGAAUACCGUGCCUGGUGCCGUUGGGGAGCUUGAGGAUGGAGGGCUUGAACAAGGGGGUUCGUUACUGAGGUAAAAUCCAAAACAAAAUGUAUGUGCUCGAGUAUGCUGUACUCCAGCAGUCCUAUUGAGCGGCGAUAAGCAAAUGCGUCUUGUUGUCUUCGCGUAUUGGACCUGAAUGUAACUCGAAAGAAGAGUGAAAGAAGCGUUGCCAUCGGGACUGAUACGCCGACCAGAGACUAGCGACGAGGUACCGGUCUGUACUGAAUUUCUGGGGGCUUGCUUCUAAUCACGGCCGUCCACAGGAUCUAAAUAUGGGAUCUUGACGUUUCCUCACAAGUCCAUGGUAUUCAACUUGGAGGUCUGGAGUUGAAAACAGGCGUCGUGCGCAGUCUCGUAAUUCGGCCAAGGUUUGCCUGCAAGAUGGAUGGCCUGCUCAUCUGUUCUGGCAGUGUAACCAGUCCAAGAAACCAGGAAGCUAGCUGCACUGGUGUCGAAGUAGGUGGCCAGCCAGGCUAGUGCCGCCGUCACGAACGGGGACGGCAAGCUGCUGCUGCGAAGUCUUUUCAUCUCCCCGAUGUGGAAGUCGGAUUUGGGAACUGAUUUGGCGUUUGGAAAAACCGCAUACCGACAAUCAAGCCCUGCUAAAUCAAAACCAAAGACACAAUUUGUAAGGUUGGAAAGCUGGUAAUAGGAUAAAGGGCGUAUGUCGUACUGGAGACCGUUCGGCUGUGUCACUGGUUAGUGAGCUCCCAUGCCUGUUGUGUAGGCCAAGGAAAAGGGGCGCACAUAUAUACGCCCUGCCGUGAUCUACAUGUUUCGCGCAUGUGAAAAAAGGAAAUACCCGUGAGCACAGACUUUGGGUCCUAUCAACCAAGAAGAACCCCUCGGGGACAGCCAAGCCAAGACUGCUCCUUUGGCACCUUUGAGUCUUUGACCCCUUGAUUCGAUUCAUCGGAUGGUUGAGGUUGAAGCAGAAUUAAAGUUAAGCACUAAUACCGAGCCACUAGGUGUCCUGCUUCCAGCCUUGCACCAGAUGUUCACAUCUUGACAUCUUAGGGCUACCGAGAAAGCAGCAGUCAUGAACUACAAUAGCACAUGUCGACCCAGACAUUGUAAAAUAGCUUGUCAACUGCGGAGCCUCCCCACCCGUCUUGGACCGAGUUCGUGACUCACCAGAACCUGCACCUUAACAUCUCUUGCCCAACUAGUCCUCGCAAACACCCUGGCAGCUGUUACGAAAGGGGUCGCGGAACCUCCAGUCUCGACGCCGUCAUGUGGAGCUAUCAGACACACUUUCUCGGGCCGCAUUCGGCCACGGCCCUGACCACGGGCGCUUUCAAUCCGU